CCCGCAGAUGUGCCCCCCCGGGCGCCCCCUGACAGCCUGAGGACCCCCUGCCGGCCGCCAUGGCGCAGAUGCUGCACAUUGAGAUCCCCAACUUCGGGAGCACCGUGCUCGGCUGCCUCAAUGAGCAGCGGCUGCUGGGGCUCUACUGCGAUGUGUCCAUCGUGGUCAAGGGCCAGGCCUUCAAGGCCCACCGGGCCGUGCUGGCCGCCAGCAGCCUCUACUUCCGAGACCUGUUCAGCGGCAACAGCAAGAGCGCCUUCGAGCUGCCCGGCACCGUGCCGCCCGCCUGCUUCCAGCAGAUCCUGUCCUUCUGCUACACGGGCCGGCUGACCAUGGCGGCCAGCGAGCAGCUCGUGGUCAUGUACACGGCCGGUUUCCUGCAGAUCCAGCACAUCGUGGAGCGCGGCACGGACCUCAUGUUCAAGGUGAGCUCGCCCCACUGCGACUCGCAGACGGCCGUGACCGAGGACGCCAGCUCGGAGCCGCAGAGCCCCUGCAACCCGCCGCCCGCCGCCGCCCCCUUCGCCGUGUCCCCCUCUGUGCCCAUCCCGCUGCUGACGCGCGUGAAGCACGAAGCCAUGGAGCUGCCGCCGGCCGCCGGCCCAGGCCUGGCCUCCAAGCGGCCGCUCGAGUCGGGGCCCCGGGACGGCAUGGCCGUGGCAGCAGGUGCCGCGGUGGCGGCGGGCGCGGCCCCGCUCAAGCUGUCCAGGGUCUCCUAUUACGGGAUGCCCAGCCUGGCCACCCUCAUCCCCAGCGUCCAGCAGGUGCCCUACCCCCAGGGCGAGCGGACCAGCCCGGGGGCCAGCAGCCUGCCCACCACCGACAGCCCCACGUCCUACCACAACGAGGAGGAUGAGGAGGACGACGAGGCCUACGACACCAUGGCGGAGGAGCAGUACGGCCAGGUGUACAUCAAGGCCACCGGCAGCUACGCAGUGCCGGAGAAGCCGGAGCCCGUGCCGCUGGAGAGCCGGUCCUGCGUCCUCAUCCGCCGCGACCUGGUGGCCCUGCCCGCCAGCCUCAUCAGCCAGAUCGGGUACCGCUGCCACCCCAAGCUCUACUCCGAGGGGGACCCGGGUGAGAAGCUGGAGCUGGUGGCAGGCUCCGGGGUGUACAUCACCAGAGGCCAGCUCAUGAACUGCCACCUGUGCGCGGGCGUGAAGCACAAGGUGCUGCUGCGGCGGCUGCUUGCCACCUUCUUUGACAGGAACACGCUGGCCAACAGCUGCGGCACCGGCAUCCGCUCGUCCACCAGCGACCCGAGCCGCAAGCCGCUGGACAGCCGCGUCCUGAACGCCGUGAAACUGUACUGCCAGAACUUCGCGCCCAGCUUCAAGGAGAGCGAGAUGAACGUGAUCGCCGCGGACAUGUGCACCAACGCGCGGCGCGUGCGCAAGCGCUGGCUGCCCAAGAUCAAGUCCAUGCUGCCCGAGGGCGUGGACAUGUACCGCUCGGUCAUGGGCGCCGCGGCCGCCGGCGCGCCCCUGGACCCCGAGUUCGCGCCCACCGCGCCGCAGGCCUUCGAGCCGCGCGUCUUCGCCGAGCGGCGCGGGGACGCGGCCGCCGUCGUGGCCCUGAGGACGGACGCCGGGGCCGUCGAGCUGGGCGCCGCGGGCGCCGCCUUCGAGGCCGGCGAGGACGCCGACGGCGCGGGCUCGGUCAUCCAGGAGGUGGCCGCGCCCGAGCCGCUGCCCGCCGCCGGCCAGAGCCCCGCGCCGCCCUUCGAGCAGGGCGCGGGCAGCCCCGGCCGGCCCCAGACGCCGGCCGCGCCCCGGAGGCAGGAGGGCCCCUUCGCGGCCGCCGUGUAGCCCCUGCAUGCCACUAACGACGUGUGACCCGCACUCACCCGACUGCUGCUGUCGCCCGGACAAUGUGAGCCCUCUUCUGCUUGUAUUUAAAGUCGGUGAAGGAAGCAAACGCAUUCAUGAUACUGUAAACCAUCGCCCGGAGGCGGCCGCCCCGCUGCC